AUGGGUGGGACCGAUGUGUAUGGCACGCAUGGCACCCAUGCGGUGGUGCCCAUCCGCAAGGGCGCCAUCAUGUUUGCAGAGGAGCUCCGUCGGUUCCCCGACGUAUUCCAGUCCCCCACCCCAGCCUCCCUGACCCUGAACCCCGCACUGAGCAGCCCGGAGGAGCGGAGCCGGGCCGUGGACGACGUGCUCAAGACAUUGCAGGCUCGCGGCCUCGUGGACGGCUGGCGGGGAGAGCUCUACCCGGUGGCGCCCUCCUUCCACGCGCCGCCCCUGCUCUCCCUGGAGCGCGCGGCGGCCGUGCACUUUGGCAUCAAAGCCUAUGGCGUGCACCUGAAUGGCUACGUGCGGCUGCCUGGGAGCGGGGCGCUGGAGCUCUGGGUGGCCACCCGUAGCCGGCUCAAGCCCACCUGGCCGGGGCGGCUGGACCACAUGGUGGCGGGCGGCCAGCCGCAAGGGCUGAGCUGCGCCGCCAACAUCGAGAAGGAGUGCUGGGAGGAGGCCGGCGUCCCCGCCGAGCUCGCCCGCACCGCCGUGCCCGUCGGCGCGGUGUCCUACGCUGCCCGGCAGGCCGCGGGCGUGAAGAGGGACGUGCUCUUCUGCUACGACCUGGAGCUGCCCCUGGACUUUGUGCCGCAGCCCCAGGACGACGAGGUCGAGGGCUUCGAGCGCUGGCCCUUGGAGCGCGUGGCGGAGGGGGUGGCCGGCGGCGAGCGGUUCAAGGACAACUGCAACCUGGUCAUCAUCGACUUCCUGCUGCGGCACGGGUACCUAGGUCCAGACACCCCUGGGUACCUCGAAUUGCUGACCGGGCUCAGGAGCGGCGACUGCUCGUGA